AAACACUCACAAUCUCGUAUAUCAGCGCAUAUUUGUGUUGCAUAUUCACACAGGAGUCAAGCGUUUAUACGAGACUCGUAGUAUAUCACAUGGAUAAUCAUUACAAUCGCUUAUAAAAAAAAGAUAAAAGUCAUUAAAGUGCUCAAGCCGACACAAACACUCGCACAUACAGGCAUACAUACGCUAUGUAUAUAUAUAUAUAUGUAAAUGAAGUGAAGUGAAAUGAAAAGAAAUAAAAAGUGUUAAGUGCCGCAGUGCUAUUGAAGAGCUGAAGUGUUGAAGUGUUGAGUGUCAAUUUGUCAAGCUUUCAAGUAGCAAUUAAAUGAAACUUAAUACCAGUGAUCGUCAAAGUGGAAAGUGAAAUUUGAAUAAAAAGUAUACAAACAAAUAAGCAGACUUAAGAAAGCUCUACAUACAGGCAUAUCUAACGGCGUCAAUAAAUACCAUAACAGCGUUGGCACUAUACAAAAUCAGUAAAGAAAAAACAACAACAACUACAUUUAUAACAAAAUAGACAAUUGCAAGCGGCAACAUGUUUUUGCGACGUUGCACAGUUUACCUCAUCGUUUUGCUGCUUGUGGCAAGCACCGCAUCAGCGGCACGCAAAACCAAACGUCCGGUUAAGCCGGCAAAAACAUAUCCCCGCAACAAUAUGACACCAGCACCACCAGCUGCCGUACCCGCCGCUGCCGCCGCGGCUGUAGCCGGUGCCAGCGCAGGCGCCGUCGCUGCUGCUAGCGUUGCCGCUGCUGCCGUCACCACACCAGCUGUCGGCAGUAGCACAACGCAUGCGCCUAGCAUUAGCCUGGCAGCAAGUAGCACCACCGCAACACCAACACAAAUUGGCAGUGGCAAUUAUGCCGGCAGCGCUGCUGACGAAGAGAGCACCGGAAGUGAUGGCUUUGUGGCUGGCAAUGAGCUGCCUAAACCGAUGACACCAUUGUCAGAGGCCAGCACCGGCAGCACCGGCGCUGCAGCGGCAUCCGCUUCGGCUGAGAGCAAAACCGAUGGCCCCGCGGCCACUUUAUCACCCAUCGAAGAAGACUGCGAUCCGGAUAUGAUUGGAUUCGAGAUUAUCACUGGUUAUGUUCUCUCGGCGCCAACUAAAUUGCUUGACACGCUGCCCGGAAUACUGAUGCUGACUGAUUGCUUAGAGGCAUGCCAGGCGAACGAAUCAUGCAGUGCAGUUAAUUACGAGACCGGUCUAUGUGUAUUAUUUAGAACCACCGCUGAUGUAUUGCCAGGUUCACUUUCGCGUUCACAGUUUCCAGUUUUCACCAUCUACGCACAGAAAUCCUGUUUGGGCGUGCGUCCUUGCUCGAAGGCCUGGUGCAUCGAUCGCGUUCAAGGUUACCGUCUAGUGGAGCAUGUCAAAUCUAGCCAGACUGUCUACUCGCGCCGUGACUGCUUGGAAUUGUGCUUGGGCGAAACUGAAUUCACUUGCAGAUCUGCUAACUUCUACCGUCACUCUGGCUUGUGCGAGCUCUCCGAUAUGGAUCGUAUCACUUUGACUGGUGCUAACAAUGUGGAACCCUACGAUGGUGCUGAUUACUUGGAGAACAAUUGCGCUGAGGAACCCAGCAAAUUGUGCGAAUUCAAACGUAUCUCUGGCAAGAUUUUGAAAACUGUCGACUCUGUGUACCAAGAUAUCAACAGCAUUGAUGAGUGCCGUGACUUGUGCUUGAACUCACCCUACAGAUGCCACUCAUACGACUACAAUGACACCGGCGAUAUGGUCUGCCGUCUUUCGCAUCACAGCCGUGCCACACUCACUGAUGUACUUGACCCCUAUCUAGAUGUGCCAGAGGCUGCCACCUAUGAACUCUCCUCCUGCUACAAUGUCUCCAUUGAAUGCCGCUCCGGCGAAAUGAUCACCAAAAUACGCACCUCAAAACUGUUCGAUGGCAAAGUCUACGCUAAGGGUUCACCAAAAUCUUGCUCUGUCAAUGUGAACAACUCACUCGAAUUCGACUUCCGCAUGGGCUACAAUGAUCUCGAAUGCAAUGUGCGUCAGAGCGCAUAUGGCCGUUACAUGAACGAUAUUGUCAUACAACACCACGAUAUGAUUGUGACCUCCUCCGAUUUGGGUUUGGCUGUCUCCUGUCAAUAUGAUCUGACCAACAAGACUGUUUCAAACGAUGUUGAUUUGGGUGUCACUGGCGAAAUUGAAUCAUCACUGAGCGAAGAAAUCAUUAUCGACUCACCGAAUGUCAUCAUGAAGAUCACCUCACGCGAUGGCAGCGACAUGAAACGCAUUGCUGAAGUUGGUGAUCCGUUGGCCCUCCGCUUCGAAAUCGUCGAACAGAACAGUCCCUAUGAGAUUUUCGUGCGCGAAUUGGUCGCUAUGGAUGGUACAGACAAUGCUGAGAUUACACUGAUCGAUGCCAACGGUUGCCCCACCGAUCAAUACAUCAUGGGCGCCAUACAGAAAAUGUCACACAACCGCAAGGUGCUCGUUUCGCAAUUCGAUGCUUUCAAAUUCCCCUCGUCCGAAGUGGUGCAAUUCCGUGCGCUCGUCACACCCUGUAUUCCACGCUGUGAGCCAGUGAUCUGUGACAAUGAGGAUGCUGUUAUGGGCGGUGCUGAUGCUAAAUCGCUGGUGUCGUACGGACGCAGAAGACGCUCGGUGGCUAAUGGAACUGAUGGCGCUGAAUUCUUGUUGAGCACAAUUGCGCAUGCGCAACGUGAGAAACGCGAUGUGAGCGGUAACAGCAAAAACAACAACAAUGUUAGUGACAACAAAAAGCCCGCCGCCGACGACAACAUCUUGCUGGUGCAAUCCAUUCAAAUCACCGAUAAAUUUGGCUUCAAUCAAGAGGAUGCCGACGCGUUGGGCGCCGAUCACAAGCUGUACGCCGGCAUUGGCGACGAUGCGCUCACCUGUCUCAACGGUUAUGGUCUCAUUGUGGCCGGUGCACUGUUCCUACUCGCUCAAUUCACCAUCUACAUCAUCUGGAAGACUGUGCAGAAGCGCUCGAAGAAGGAACGUUACCUUUACCAACACGACUCAGCAGCGGCCGCUGCCGUCGCCGCCAACUAUGGCGCACCCACAAUGGUCUACGGUCAAGCGGCUGGCUCACACUGCGGCGGCGUCACUGUUGCCUCGCAUUCGGGCGCCAGCAAUGCCAGCGAUACGCUGGGCAAGCUCUACGACAGCGGCAUGACGGGACGUUAUGGACAGCAAUAUUGAAGGCAAUGACGAUUUGGAACGGCGGGUGGGAGACACUGAAAGUAUUCCACACACAAUUAAACUAUGCAUAGCUCUAUACACUGAAAACAAGAAAUUAAGAAAAUACAGCAACAAAAUACUGGACAUACAUACACAGACAUGCACACGAACACACACACACAUAUAUGGCAUUAUAUAAAGCAAAAAUACACACACACGCACACACAAAUAUAUAUAUGUAGAAGCAUAUAUAUACUAUAUAUAUGCAAAAUCACAAGAUGUUCGAGGCUUAGGCGUUAGUUGUCCUUAUUUAUAUUAUAGGCUUCACUUUUUUUACUUUUUUAUACGUAACGAAAUUAAUGGCAAGCAAACUAGCAAACUUGCGAAAAAAAUAUUUUUUAUAUCUAAAACAUACUUAGUAGCAUAUUAAUAGUUGUAAGUAAAAGUAGUUUUAUAUUUAAACUCAAGACUUUUUCAACUUCCGAGCGUGUGUGGGUUACAGUUAAAAAUGCAGAAAGUCAAAAGUUGAGAAUUUUGAUUUUUUUAAUUCACUUUUUUUGUACCCUAAACUACGCAUAACUAUCCAAACUAGUAACUAAACUAAUUGCAAUGGAAAAUCUUGCUUAGCUUUUAGUAAAAAAAUAUAUAAAUUAAUUAAAUUUAAUUUAAGUUAAAUAUAGUUAAGACGGGUGAGAAUUAGACGCAAGUAGUGAAAUGCCAGCGUAUGCGCGCUUCUAACGGUGAUUUCCGACGGCCGUAAGCGCAUGAACCGAUCAACAAUAACUAACGAAUGACUAUUGAGAACUGCAUGAACCGCUAGACUGAAGACUAAACACACACAAACGUACACAUACAAACAUAACAUUACAUACAAAUAUACGAGGAAGGUUAGUUACGUUGGUCAACGUUUUGAGCUGAAAUCGCUGUUUAGGACUGCGCAUUGUGAGCAAAACAAAGGCGGAAAAAAUUAUUUAUAAAGCAUUUGAUGUUAACAAGAAGCAUAUAAAAUAAAAGAGAAUACAAAUAAUUUUGUUUUUUUUUAGUAAAAUAUUAUUAGUGGCUAAUAAAAAAUGAAGCAGAAAGAAUUAGACAUAAAAAAAUGCAAGCAACAACAACAACGAAACACACACUACACCGUUAGUUCGUAGGCCUACAGCUUUCCAUAUUUAUUGCACAUUUGCGUUUACAAAACAACAACAAUAACAUAUUUUAUGAGCGCACAACAACAACAAUAAAAACACACACCCACAUACAUACAGACACUGUUAAAUGUAAAGCUCAGGCGGAAAGUAUUUUAAAGCGAAAAAAAAUAAAAUGAAAUAGAAAAAAUGCGCGAAUUUCCUAAGUAAUUUUGUAUCAAAAUACCUAGGCGAUUUUCCAGCAUAAAAACAACAAAAAAAAAACAAUAAUUUUUUACAACAAUUUUUCAAGCAAACCAUAAACCUCUGAACAAAGAAUGUCUGUGCGCUCACUAGAAAAAAAACUAAAAAAAAAAAACAACAAUAAAAAUAUUUAACUUAUUUAUUUAAUUUAUUAACUUAUUUAUGCUAUUUAUUGUAAUUUAACUAUAUUUUACUUUCUUCUUCAUAAGAAACUCUUAACAAGCAAAAAACUUUGUAAACCGGUGCUUUUCGGUUAGCUGUACUUUACUGGAUAUAUGCUUAAUAUUAUUAUUUAUAGUAGAAUUUACUAAACAAAA